AACUCGAAGGAAGAAGAAACUGCGUUGUGUUUUUCUUUUGUUCUCUGAGUUUGUCUCAGUUUUCUCAAAUUAUUUUAAAACCGUUUUCGUCUUUAUGUUAGUGUGGAAAAAACCCUAAAACGACGUCGUUUUCAUUCUCUCUUUGCGUUUUACUGUAACGAAACCCAUAACCAUAACCAUAACGAUAACGAUAACGAUUUCCCAUUGAAUCUAAUGGAAGGUCGAGGUCGUUCCGUGGAAGAUAUUUUCGAGGAUUUCAAAAGCCGGAGAGCUGGAAUCAUCAAAGCGCUUACCGUUGAUGUUGAAGAUUUCUACAGACAAUGUGAUCCUGAGAAGGAGAAUUUGUGUUUAUAUGGAUUACUUAAUGAGAAGUGGGAAGUGAAUUUACCUGUUGAGGAAGUUCCUCCAGAGCUUCCUGAGCCUGUGCUGGGUAUCAACUUUGCUAGGGAUGGCAUGCAAGAGAAAGACUGGCUAUCCUUAGUUGCUGUUCAUAGUGACACAUGGUUGCUUUCCCUUGCAUUCUACUUUGGAGCUAGAUUUGCGUUUGACAGAACUGACAGGAAGCGACUAUUCAAUAUGAUUAAUGAACUACCAACAAUAUUUGAAAUUGUUAAUGGCUCAACAAAGAAACCAGUUAAAGAGAAGUCUUCAGUCUCAAACAACAGUGGUGGCAAAUCUAAGUCCAGUUCUAAAGUGCGGGCUCCUGAAACUCAGAGCAGACUACCAAAGGCAUUGCAACCAAAAGAAGAGGAGGAAGGACUGGAAGAGAAUGAUGAUGAUGAACAUGGAGAAGCCAUGUGUGGGGCUUGUGGUGAUAACGAUGGCACUGAUGAGUUCUGGAUUUGCUGCGACAUUUGUGAGAAGUGGUUCCAUGGCAAAUGUGUGAAGAUCACUCCUGCUCGGGCCGAGCAUAUCAAGCAAUACAAGUGCCCAUCAUGCAGUAGUAACAAAAGAGCUCGCUAGCAAAAUUUCAUUCACAGACAAACUUUGUUGGGGUCUUUACUGAUCUCGUUAAUAUGCUUUUGUUUCUAGAUGAAGUUGAUGGAUAGUUUUUAUCAAGUUUAAGACAUAGGUUUCAUUUUAUGCCCUUCUUUUGGUAUAUGUAUGUAUCCCUAGUUGAAUCAUUGUUUACUGGGAAAAGCCUAAGUCUUUUCUCUAGUCUCGUUUUGGCUAUUGAACCACAAUAUGCUGGGCUGGUAAACAUUCAUGUUCGGAAAUUUUAGCAAAACGACAUUUGCACCAAAUGAAGGAAUGACAUUUUCCCA